AUGAAAGAUUACAACGGCGACUGGCGGAUUUACGCACGUGGCGCCUCAGAUGACAAGGCAGGCGUUUUUGCCAUUAUUAACGCCUACCAGGCAAUGAUCGAUGUACGCCUCAAACCUUCCGUGAAUCUUAAGUUCUUUUUUGAAGGCGAAGAAGAAGCCGGUUCCCCUCACAUCGCCGGGCUAUUACAGAAAUACCGGAAACUGUUAAGUUCAGAUCUCUGGAUUAUUUGUGAUGGCCCGAUUCACCAGUCGGGUAAAAAGAUCAUUUCCCUUGGUGUACGCGGCGAUGCACAUCUCGACCUUACAGUGUAUGGCCCGAAAAGACCAUUGCACAGCGGUCACUAUGGAAACUGGGUGCCAAACCCAGGCAUGCUGCUCGCGCAAUUACUUGCUUCCAUGAAAAACGAUAGCGGCAGG